AUGUCUGAAGAGCUUAUUUGUCAUUGUAAAAGUUCUCUUGGAGAACCAUUUACGUCCUUGAAUGAUCUUGCUGUGCAUCAUGUAUCUUAUAAUGAAUUUGAAAAGCAAUAUGUUGAAUUAUCUGAAUGGUGUGAAAGAAUUUCCACCGUAAUUCAACAAUCGUCAUACAAUGCUUUAACUUGUUAUCUUCGACAGAAAUAUUAUGAAGAAUUAUACGAACAAGGUUUAAUGCGUUUACGAAUGUUUAAUCAAUAUUCAAAUAAAUUAAUUGAACGUUUCCCUGAUAUACAAGUUGUUAUUGAGAAAAAGAUAAAAAUAAUUUAUCAAAUAUGGAAUGACCUUGAAGCACGUUUUAUUGGAUAUUUAGAUGAAGAUUUCGAUCGAAUUAUUCAAGAUCUACAUAAUGAAUUAUUUUUAUUUGAAGAAUGGAUUACUGAAAUUGAAGAACAAUUAGCAAAAUUUCAUUUUAUUCGAAAUGAAAAGAUUUUUUACGAAGAUAUCCAAGAACUAAUGAAAUUACAAAAUGAAAUUAAAUCAAAAAAUAGUCGUGUAUCAUCUGUUAUUGAAAUAUGUCAUCGUUUAAAAAAAGAUUAUCAACAACAAAAUGAACAAAUUCCAAUUGAGUAUGCUAGUGAUUUAGAAAAUAGAUGGCAUCAAAUAUGGAUUAAUUCAGUUGAAAUUCAGUGUAAACUUGAAGAAAGAUUUAAAUCUCCCAAUCAUUCAACAUCACUUUCUUUAACUGACGAAGACGAUAUUAUACCAUUCAAUUCAAGUGAAUACGAAAAAAUUUCAUUAACAUCUUCGAAUACAAGUAGUAUCGAGAAUAUAAAUACAUCUUUAAAUAGUCGAAAACGUCCAAGAUCACCAGAUAUUAAUCCAAACAUUUGUUCAAUAUCAUUACAAGUAAAUUCAAUUAUGGCCAAAUCUUAUCAACCAUCAUCAGUCAAUGUCUUACCAACUCUAUCACCACCAACAUUUUAUUAUUCAUUAACAAAUAUAAAUGAUUAUGAUGAUAAUAUCGUACGAAAAAAACAAAAAAAGACUUCGUCAAAGUUAGAUAUUGGUUAUGCAAGUGAAGAUGAUAUUGAUAAAAAAUCAAGUUUUCUAACGAAAAAAAGUCAAAGUGACUAUACAGUAAAUUUAAAAUCAUCAACGAAUAUUUUAUCAACUCAAGCACAUUCAUUACCAUCAUUAGAACAUACACAUUUAGUACCAGAUUGGUGGACAAAUUCAGCAACAUCAGCUUAUGAUACAUGUUCAAAUCCUGAUAUUGAUUUAAGUAUUGAGAAAAAGAAAAAAACAAAAAUUAAACCAUCCUUACUAAUGUAUGAUAAAAAAUAUACAAGAAUCGAACCAAAAUCACCUUUAACAUCAAAUUCUUAUGAUGCAAGUGCUGAAUAUACAGAUCCUGAACAAUCAGAAAAUGAUGUUGAUGUUUUAUCCUCAUCAUCACCAAUUCAUUAUUGUCAAAAUUCUGAAUCUUUAUUUUAUAAUCGUUAUGCAACAACAACAACAGGUUAUUCAUCAGAAUUUGAAACAACAACAUUACCAUCUGAUAUCGAAAAUCAACAAUUAUCAUAUUUAGUAGGUGAAGUGAAUCAGAUGAAUACUGAUAAAUCGCCUUUAUCAUCGGCGAUUGUUUCAAACGAAAGUGAAUCAAACAAUAAAGUAACGGUCAAUGAUAAACUAGAAGCUUCAGAACCGUGUUGGGAUGGAUAUCAAAAUCCAUUAUUUUAUCCAUUAAAUUCUCAAGAUAUUGAUUCAGUAGAAACGACACUUAAAUGGGAUGAUCAAUUUUUUGAAAUGGAUCAAUCAUACAAUUCAACAACAGAUGAUGAAAUACAUAUUCAUGAUAAUUUUGGUCAUCUACGAAAUAACAAUGGUUCAUCAUCAUCAUUAUCAAUUGCAAGGUUAUCAAAUAAACAACAAUUUGAUUCAGAUUCAGAUCUUGAUGAUUUUAAUUAUGUUAUAAAUGAAACUGAACGACAAUUAAACAAAGCACGACAAAGUUUCGAAAAGAAAAAACGUCGACAACAAUUAACAUUACAAUCAAAUGAUCGUAAUCAACGAAAAUUUGAUGAAAUACGUCGUACUUGUGAAACAAAUAUUCAAUGUUUACAACAAAUUUUAACAAAUCUUCAUCGUUCAAAAAAUUCUCGUCUUAAUAAUAUACAAGCUAUUGAAUUAUUAGAAACUUAUCUAUCUGAGUGGUAUGCUAUGCGACAACAAGUUAAUGAUGAUCGACCAUGUGCUCGACAUUUAUUACAUAUAUCUCAAGAAAUUAUUAAAUUAAGAUUACAUUUCGAUGAACAACUAUCACAUAUAAAUACAUCUUUUAAUCCUUCAUGGUUUGAAAAUAAUUCAUUUGAUGAAUUAAAACAACGAAUUUAUUAUGAAAUUGAAUUAGAUAAAGAAAAUCGUCAAAAAUUAGAUUCUCUUUAUACUGAUCUUCAACAAAUUGAAGAACAUUUAAAAGAAUAUCGUUUAAUUUAUCCAGAUGGCCCAUCAUCAUUUACAAUCAAUGAACAAUUACAUAGUAGUCAUAUAACACUUGAACAAGUUACUGCUAAAAUGGAUUCAUAUCAAAUUCAAUUACGUACAUUAUCAACAAUGAUCAAUAAUCUUAUACCUAUUGAAUAUCAUAUUGAACAAAAGUUAACGGCAGUCGAUUAUACAACUGAAGUUCAUGAACUACAAGCAUUAGUUGAUAAUUAUGCACGAAUGAUUCCAAUGAAUGAAUUCUAUGAAAUAGUUAAACAUCAUUGUGAUUAUAAAUUAGAUAUAUAUAGAAAAAUGUUGAAUGAUUUAAUACGUAAACAAGAAAAACAUGUAUCAUUUGAUGGUUCAAUUAAUUUUAAUAAUAAUAAUUCAACAAAUAUUAAUUCAUGUACAUCAUCAACAUCAUCAUCAUCAUCAGCUUCAUCAACACCACAAGAACAAUAUACAAAUGAAAAUAAUAUACGAAAUAAAAAAACAAUAUUAAAUAAAUAUAGACAAAAAGAAACUCGAGAUAUACAACAAAAUUAUACCACAAGUGAUCUAUCGGAAAAACAAAGUACAACAUCAUCUUAUAUAUCCGAUGAUUGUAAAGUUUUAUAUAUUGAAACAGUUAUUGAAGUAGCUAAACCAGUUUUUUAUGAACGUACAAUUGAUACAUUAUCAACAAAAAAUACUGAAUAUCAUCAUCAUCACAUUCCACGAACAAUAACAUCAAAUAGAAAUAAAUAUUUAAUGGAUAUAACUAAUAAUAAUCAUCAAGCCGAUUCAACAGAUGAUGAUUUACCUACUCCUAAACCGGUGAAUUUAUCAGCAUCAACAAUAAUACGUCGACAAUUAAAUAAAAAUCAUUUAAAACAACAAGGUGAUAGUGGAAUUGAAUUUGAUCAAACAUCAUCAUCAUCAACAUUAUGUAAUCAACGUACAACUAAAGAUCGAACACCAUUAUUUCCUCCAGCAAAUACAGAUUUAGAUGAAUUAUCUCAAUCAUCACUUCUUCAUCAUAUCAAAAAACAAAGUACAUUAGAAAAUGAACAACUUCUAAGAAAUAAUCAUCAUUUAUCAACAAGUUCAAUUCAUUUAAAUCAAUCGAAUACAUGUUGGGAUCGUUUAAAACAAACAUGGUUUCGUUCGAUAUUAACUGGUCUUUUAAUUUUAAUGAUUCUAUUUUUUAUUUAUCUAUCUGGACUUGAUACAUGUUCACGAUCAACAAUUAUUCAAACAGUUUGUCAAAAAAUCAUAUCUAUUGAAAGUGAAGGAAUACCGACUAUUUAA